CGAUACAUGCCAAGUGCGUACACACCACAUUUUGUCAUAAAAAAACAGCAGAAACAUUUUCAAGCUAACCUCUAAUCCAAAAACGCUGCACGUGUUGGGUUAUUGUGUGCGUUUUAAUCAGUGAACGACGCAAGUGCUCCAAUUACCCAACGUGGGUUACUUAUUUUAGUGUACCAAGACUCUUCCGCGUGUGAAUAAUAAACACGCGUUCAAAAUGACGGAAGUAUUGCAACCCGGUGCGGACGUUUUGUCUGAGAAAAAGAAGAAGAAAAACAAGGAUACCGUGUCAUUGGGCGCGUUUCAGAAGCUCGGAGACUUUAAGAUUGAGCCCUCCGAGAGUGUGAAGAAGCUAGACACUGCGUACUGGCCGUUGUUGUUGAAAAAUUUCGAUCGGCUCAACGUGCGAACUAACCACUACACGCCGCUGCCGUUCGGACAUUCGCCAUUGAAGCGCCCUAUUACUGACUACAUCAAGUCUGGCUUCAUAAACGUCGAUAAACCUAGCAACCCGAGCUCCCACGAGGUAGUUUCAUGGAUAAAGCGUAUUUUGAAAGUGGAAAAGACUGGUCACUCGGGCACGCUCGAUCCCAAGGUGACGGGAUGUCUGAUCGUGUGUGUGGACCGCGCUACAAGACUGGUGAAGUCGCAGCAGAACGCCGGCAAGGAGUACGUGGCCGUGUUCAGCCUUCACUCUGCUGUGGAAAGCAUCAAAAAAGUAACUCAAGGUUUAGAGAAGCUACGAGGCGCGCUGUUCCAGCGCCCGCCUUUAAUCUCCGCCGUGAAGCGACAACUUCGCGUCCGUUCAGUGUACGACAGCAAACUACUUGACUUUGAUGCUGAAAGAAAUAUUGGAGUAUUUUGGGUCAGCUGUGAGGCCGGCUCUUACAUUAGAACAAUGUGUGUCCAUCUUGGACUCAUGCUGGGAGUCGGAGGACAGAUGAUUGAGCUCAGAAGAGUGCGGUCCGGCAUUCAAGGAGAGGGAGAAGGCAUGGUCACUAUGCAUGAUAUCUUAGACGCUCAAUGGGCUUAUGAAAACCACAAAGAUGAGAGCUACCUCCGCAGAGUCAUCAAGCCUCUCGAAGGUCUCCUAGUAGCUCAUAAGAGGAUCUUUGUGAAAGACAGUGCAGUCAACGCUAUCUGUUAUGGAGCCAAAGUCCUUUUACCUGGUAUUUUAAGGUACGAAGAUGGAAUAGAAAUUGAUCAAGAAAUUGUUAUUGUAACAACAAAAGGAGAAGCCAUCGCUUUAGCUAUUGCAUUAAUGACUACAUCAACUAUGGCGUCAUGUGACCAUGGAGUGGCUGCCAAGCUAAAACGGGUUAUCAUGGAGAGGGACACGUAUCCACGCAAAUGGGGCCUUGGUCCAAAGGCAUCCCAGAAGAAGCAGCUAAUACAGCAAGGGAAAUUAGAUAAAUUUGGCAAACCAAAUGAAAAUACUCCGUCGGAAUGGUUGAACAGUUACAAGGACUAUAAUAAGGGUAAAGCAAAAGAAAAUGGAGAACCUGAAGCUCAGCAAGCUGAUGAGGAUGGCAGCAGAAAGCGUACAGCCAGCACAGCCAAUGCUGACGACACUAACAACUCAAUGGAAGCUAAAUCCGAGAAAAAGAAGAAGAAAAAGAAGCGAGACCUAGAUGAAACUGCAGAGGGAGAGACUACAGAAGCUGCCGACACCACUAUGGAGGUGGCAGAAGAUGGAGAACAGAAACAAAAGAAAAAGAAGAAGAAGAAGGACAAACAGAAAGACAGAGAGGAGGAAUAAGGACUAUUUUGUUAAGUCAGUGAGAAUCAUAGUGAAAUCAGAUGCAAUCGGUGGUACUAAUUUAGCUUUUUCAGUCAGCUGUACUCUCAGAGAUACAGAUAUGUCUGUGACAGCUUUAAACAAGCUUGCUUGCCAAGGGGAUUAUAUUUCGGCAGGCCCUGAAAUGAUUGUAAUGUUCUAAUGUUUAUUGUAAAACUGUAAAAUUUAGUUAAAAUUGUAAUCAAAUCAAAAUGAAAUGGUCUUACUAUGUUAACAGUCACUUUUAAGCCAUUUAAAACAUUAUUAAGAGCGCAAUAUUUUUAAAAAUGUAGAGUAUAGUCUUAAAAAAGCUAGAAGCGAUUGUUUAAGUAUAAUUCUGCAUCUGGGAUAUUUUAAUAGUUGUUGAAACAUGUAUGUAUUGUAUGUAGUAUAGCAGGUCAAAAGCUAGAUAUCUGACCACUUUGACUUUUUUUUUAUCCUGUACCAGUACAUUAUAUGUAAUAGUGAAUAUUUUCAAAUGUAUUAAUAUUUUAGCAAUGUAGGGGGAUUUUUGAACUACAAAAAGAUUUGUUACAUAUUUUCUUUGCAUAUUAUUGCUAGAUUAUUAAUAACUUUGAAAUUCUACAAUCAAAUAGGUAUAUGUCCAUAUUCCUAGACAAAUCGGCUAGAUAUUCCUGUGCUACGGGUUUUGCAUUUUCUACUGACCCCAAAUAGUAGUCACUUAUUUUAAGGCAGAAGUGUUUUAUUUGAGAAGUUAAUAGUUUAAGUUAGUUGUAAGGAUAGUUGGUUAAGUUUUUAUCUUUAAACUGGUCAACAUUAAAAUGUAUAAAAUUUA